CAUUUCAUAUCGUCAUCACUCGCCGUAUCACUGCAGAAGAGAGACCGACUUCUGGUGAAGCAUUUGGCACCAAUUUUGGCAAAAUGACAGUGAAGAAAAUACAAAAUGAGCUCCCUAGAUGGUCUUGCGUCCAAGAUAGUGGCCAAAAAGAAAUUACAAAACUUGAGGAAGGAUAUUGAGAAAAACGAACCCAAGGAAAUCGAUAUGAAGAUCCUAAACCCAUCAGACAAGAGCGACUGGAAGAUGAUUAAGCACUUUCCCAAGAUGAGCAAGGAAGUCAAAGAGAGCUUUAGAAAAUAUCUCGUAGGAAGGUACUCGAAUCUUUCCGAAGCUGGCCUCUCAGGUCCGCCAUAUGGCACCGAUCUCGGCAAUAAAUGGCACAAACUUCUGAAAGACUCAAUAAAGGGAAAGGAGAUGACAGAGUAAAGCGAUAAACACGUCGCAGCAGCCAAAUCGUUAUUUUACGAAAUGAAAACAAAAUUUGGUAUAGAGCUAUUGGAAAGUGAUUUCCAUUUGUACGGAUACAUGAAUGAUGACAGCGAGCAGGAAGUAUAUUUCUGGCGAGGAAACGCUGAUGCGAUCGGCUGGUAUUACAACAAAUGGAGGAAAAAGAGUGAGUACGUCAUCGUUGAAUGGAAAGUUAACCGCGAUCUGCUGUAUUUCUGGGACUCCCGGGACACAUAUGGAAUGUUCCUCCACCAGGGCUUGCUGUACGCAAGGCUUCUGCAGGUUCAUUUGAAUCUCGAUUACUUGCCAUCGGUCUCAAUUGUCCCCAUCUUCGGCGAUAACGGAAAAGAUGUUCACCCCGGUCUUUUCUAUGAUUAUCCAGACGAGUGCAAGAAGUGGAUAAACGAUUUCUCCUGGCAUGCCAAUGCACCUGUACCUGUAGCUCUGCCUCAACAUAUUUAUGGGAGAGCAUCAUUGUUCAACGAUGACCUGUUGAAAGAAUUGUUGAUAAAUGCAGUUCCCGUUAAAAAAGAUGAGCCUCUUAGUAGUAUUUUUAAGGAAAACACAAAAGUUGGUGAAUUAUUGGAGGCACUUGGCCAUGACGCAAGGUCGCUGAGAAUCCACCUUCUAAAAGAUAAGUGACAUAAAAGUUAAGAAAAUUUCCCAUUGCUAAUAAAUUCCCAUUUAACCUUAUCUCUAGACAAUAUGCAGCCCGAUUAAAUGUAACUUUUUACAGAGGGUUGGAAAUUGAGUUGAGUUAGCCUCUGACAAAAUGCGUCGUUUGAUGAUGAUUUUAUAAUUUUUCGAAGGGCAGCUUCAUUUGGCCGACCGUGUCAUUUGCAUGUCUUGGUAAACAUCAAAAUCCCUGAGGCGUUUUAGGUUUGUUUGCUUGUUUUCCUUUUAAUUUUUCAACGUGUUAGAUUAAUUUCAGAAACGAUAUUCGUCAACGCAGUCUCGAGCAGUUGUAUUCCAACUGGACAAGUACGGGCAUAACAUAACAUUUGUUUGAUGCUGAACGAAGAAGGUUUACUUACUCGCAUCAUCAUUUAAAUAUGAAGUUGCCUUCAAUAUUUACCUUGGUUCAUUUAUUUUGACAUUUCGGCCACCAGGAACCAAUGAUAUCGAAAGUUUAUCUUAGCUUUUCAAUUAGAGCAUGCGUGGGUCUCUAAUGAAAGCUUGCGCAUCUGGCUUUCAAAUGAGGUUUUAGGUCAAGCUAUUGUUAGAGCUUGAAAAUUAAAUUUCAGGUCGAAGUUAGAGUCACCUUUACUGGAUCAUCGAUUUUUUGGUCGGAAAUGAACUGCUUUUUUUUCGUAUGGCUUGUCCUGAAAUUUUAAUGAUCUUCAACUUAAGGAGGUGAGCUUAGCCGAAAUAAAAAGAAAAGCUUUUUUUCAAGUUAAGCUUUCCAUUAGCUACUUUUAUUUUGAUAUAUAGUAGCUAUUGUAUAGCAGGAUGUUAAGGCUCCACACCUCGAUUCUAUUUACCCUUAAACGGGAAGGCAACUGAGGG